AUGGCCCAUCUUCCACCAAACUCUCCCUACGGCCUCCCGUCUUCACCGCGAGCAAUCCGACAGACGUUAGCACCACUGGAUACAUCUCUGCGGCCGAUGACCUCACCAGGUCCUUCCCCAUACCUAGCUUCCGAGAAGCGCUCACCACAACCCUCACCACAACCCUUCGUCGAUACCCGCCAGCGCAACCGCGACUCUCUCAUCUUCAUCAAUGCGACCAUUCCGCUCAGUCCGGCUUCUUCAUCCGAGAACAGUUUCAAGGAAGAGCCAUUCGACGGCCUGGCACCACGGAAGCGGACCGGACUCGCCCGCCUCUUCUGCUGCUUUGGCCGGCAGGAGCGCGCCCGGAGACGCGCGACGCGGUUCACCGAGUAUGAGAAAGUGGGCGAGAAGUGCCAUUGGUCGGAGCUGUAA